GUUAGCAAGAACACUCAGUACCUCAAAGACGACACUCUGGUAUUCAAGAUUGUAUCUGUACAAGUACCCGACUACAAGCCGUGGCUGGAGUGACAAAACUACGCACAAUUGCAAGCAGAUACUGCUUAGUACACAUUUGAGCACCCUUGAAGAGACAAGUAGACAGUACACACAUACACACGCAGUGUAGGAUUGUCCCCGCCAGCGCUGACCCAAUACCUCCAUGCAGUAAUUCUGUGCAUGGUAUUUACUAUAAUUAGUGUAUUCAUGGUUGACUAAUUAUUGUGAUAAUCAUGUGAUACAUAAUAGAAUAUCCUUUGUCUGCAACUAAAAAACCAGCUGCAACAGAAUUCAUGAUAUAGUCUAUAUGGCGUCCGGUGGCUAUGAUCUGAAGUGGUUGCAGCCCCCUCCUGAUGACCUUAAGUGUCUCAUCUGCCUCUGUGUGGCCAGGGACCCUCACCAACAUCCUGGAGAUGACACCAACGAAUGUGGCGCAGUAUUCUGUCAUAGCUGCAUCAUUGAGCAUAAGAAGAACGAGACGACUUGUCCAAACUGUCGGAAAAACCUAACUCACUUCAAAGAUGCUAAAAGUGCCCGGCAAAUCAGAUCACUUAAAGUAAUCUGCAAUGAACAAACACAUUGCUGCAAGUGGACGGGGGACCUUGGCUCCUUAGAUGCACACCUUCAGUCAUGUGACUAUACUCUCCUGCCCUGUACUAACGAGUGCAAGAUCGAUAAUGAGAUUGCCAAAUUUCUGCUGAAAGAUCUUGAAGACCACCUUACCAACGACUGCCCAAGACGUCAGUACCAGUGUCUACAUUGCCAGGAGACGGGGGAACAUGAGGAGAGGACCACCGCUCAUCUAGAGACCUGCCCAAAGGUUGAGGUAACAUGUUUGAACUUGAGAUGCCGAGACAAAUUUCCUCGCUGUGAGAUCAUUACCCAUCAAUCCAAGUGUAAAUAUGAGCCUGUGUCGUGCAAGUAUGCCAAGGUUGGCUGUGAGACCACACCUCUACGCAUUAACCUCUCGAUGCACGAGAAAAACGACAAAGUUCACCUUCGAGUGACUGCUGAAAAAGUUCUAGAGCUUACUGAUGUUGUCUCUAAAUCUAAUAGUACAGUUCCUCGUACAAUCAGACUAACUAACUAUCUGAAACACAAGAGUGACAAAGAUGAAUUUUACGGUCCUCCAUUCUACACUUCUUACAAUGGCUAUAAAAUGUGCUUGAGAGUUUAUGCCAAUGGUUGGGGUACUGGUGAGGGCACUCAUGUUGCAGUGCAUGCCUAUCUCAUGAAGGGAGACAAUGAUGACUCCCUGUCAUGGCCGUUCCCUGGGACAGUCACAUUCGAGCUACUCAAUCAACUGGAGGACAAGAACCAUUACAAGUGGACAACAACAUUCCCAGCAGACUAUGCGUGCAGUCGGAGAGUGGUGGACGGUGAGAGAGGGAGAGGAUACGGCAGCCACAAGUACAUUUCCCACACUGACCUCGACUACAAUGUUAGCAAGAACACUCAAUACCUCAAAGACGACACUCUAGUGUUCAGGGUAUCUGUACAAAUACCCGACCACAAGCCGUGGCUGGAGUGAAAACCCACAAGCUAUGUAUAUAGUGACCAUUUAUUAUACGUACAUGCAUGUACAUUUAUACAUACAUGCAUGUACAUUUAUACAUACAUGCAUGUACAUGUGUUCAAUGUUUGGAGUUCGUGACUAUGUUAACAGAGACUUUUAUUAUUUUCCUGUCUCUCUUCUGUUAAUUAUAUUCAUUGCAGUAAUGCUUAAAGUGUUGAGUUUUGUGUAUCGAAAAGUGUGAUAUUUAUUCAAGGAAAAGUUUUAGAGGUAU